AUGGGACUCCCAGAAGGCCGGCUCUGCCUGGUUCUGCUGUGGAUGUUGGGGUGGGCACAGAGGACAGAAUCAGAGUGCCCCUCCUGUGGGGGUCCCACCCUGGCCCCCCAGGCUGAACGAGCUCUGAUCCUGCAACUAGCCAAGCAGCAAAUCCUGGAAGGGCUACACAUGACAAGCCGUCCCAGAAUUUCUCAUCCUUUACCCCGGGCAGCGCUGACCGCAGCCCUGCGAAGACUCCAGCCGGGGAGCGUGGCUGCUGGCAACAGGGAGGAGAUCAUCAGCUUUGCUACUGUCACAGGGUCCUCAGCUGCACCUUGCGGCUCCGUGCUCACCUUCCACCUGCCCACGCCUCGAUCCCACCACCUGUACCGUGCCCGCCUCUGGCUGCACGCUCUUCCCACCUUGCCUGGCACUCUUAACUUGAAGAUUUUCCGAGGGACCCCGAGGAGGAGGCAUCGGGGACCCCGCACCCUCCUGGCUGAGCACCAAGUGACUCUCCCAGGCUGGCAAGCCCUGACUCUGCCCCCUAGUGGCUUGAGGGGUGAAAGAUCCGGGGUCCUGAGGCUCCAACUGGACUGCAGACCCCCGAAAGACAACAACGGCACAGUGGUUGGAGCCCCUAGGCGGCGCUUCCUGGAUACCGCGGGACACCAGCGGCCCUUUCUGGAGCUGAAGAUGCGGGCUGGGGAGCCUGGGGUAGGCAGGGCCAGGAGGAGAACUCCCACCUGUGAACCUGCCACUCCUCUGUGCUGCAGACGGGACCACUAUGUGAACUUCCAGGAACUAGGAUGGCGGGACUGGAUCCUGCAGCCGGAGGGGUACCAGCUGAAUUACUGCAGCGGGCAGUGCCCACCCCAUCUGGCUGGCAGCCCGGGCAUUGCUGCUUCCUUCCAUUCGGCCGUCUUCAGCCUCCUCAAAGCUAAUAAUCCCUGGCCUGCGGGUACUUCCUGCUGUGUCCCCACUGCCCGAAGGCCUCUUUCUCUCCUCUACCUCGACCAUAAGGGCAAUGUGGUCAAGACAGAUGUGCCAGAUAUGGUGGUGGAGGCUUGCGGCUGCAGCUAG